AUGGAAAUUUUUUAUGAGAUGACAAGUGGAUAUUGUUAUUCACUCCAAGAGAGUGUUGAAUACCUGGAUGAACUUGAACGCCUGAAGAAAAGGGAAGGAGUCUCUCAUCAGGAUGAUCACUUUGACAUCGUCCCAUUGGAGGCAAUGACAGCUUACAAGCCUGUAAUUGCAUGCAAGAGUGGGGGCCUGGUGGCGUCUGUUAAGGAUGGAGGGACAGGAUUUCUUUGUUACUCUACCUCUGAAGAGUUCUCUUUGGCAAUGGCUAAACUCAUUCAGGAUCCGCAGGUGGCAUGCAGGAUGGGCUGA